ACUUGUCAGACCAUGUGCCUGCUUGUCCAAGAAGUCCCCCGUGAUCCUGAGGGAUGAAGGAAACAUAUCCAUCUCUUGACUUCAUGCUCAAACCCUUACCUGUCUGCACCUUGAGAUUCCUCUGGAAGCCAAUGGGGAAAGGGAGGAGGAAGAAAACCUGACAGCUCUUCUUGGUUCAGAAAGCUCCAGAUAAAUCCCCUCUUUGCUGUGACUUACUCAUGGACCCAGAGCUGGAAAGUGAUCCCACUGGCCAGGCUGCUCUUGAGGAGAAGCAGGAUGGACCAGUUGCAAAUCUCUGAAAAUGUGACCCAGGAAAAUGAAUCACAUCAGGCUGCAAAAGCCUAUCGGAUCCUCAAGGCUAUCCACACUGCCCUGGCUCUCUUGGCUAUUGCCCUGGCUGCGGCCCUGACGGUUAUGACUCUUCUGCUACUAGAUCUUCAAGGGGAAAAUGAUCAACUUGGGAAGAUCCAAGCCUCCAGUGAUGCCUUGAGAGCAGAAAACAAAAACCUCAUGCGCAAAGUACCAGAGGCUUGGGUGGUCCACAAUGGAAGUCUCUACUACUUUUCCUGUAUGGACAAGUCCUGGGAAGAGGCUGAGAGGUCCUGUGUGUCAUUUGGUUCCCACUUGACCUCAGUGAUCUCAGUGGAAGAGCAGGAAUUUAUUCAUAAAAAAGCUGGUGGUAGCAACUAUUGGAUUGGAUUGAACAUCCUAAGGAGCUCAAACUGGAGAUGGACUGAUGGGACCCAUUAUAAUGAAGACAUGAGCAAAGACUUUUGGGCACCAAAUGAACCAAACAACAAAGAAAACAGUGAGCAUUGCGUCCACUUUUCAAAGAACAGACGUCAAUCGUGGAAUGAUAACAACUGCUCCUUACCCUUCCUGUUCAUCUGUAAAUGGGACUGCAAGUCAUCUGGGUUGUGUCCUUGAACGUGAAGGCAGUCUCUGAGCUCUGCUGUCUCUCACACCUGAAGAAUGGACACAGAUGUCAAACACCUUUCCACACGUUCUCUCCAUUUUGUACUUCUUACUUAAAGUCGAGCAUUCUGGGUCUGAUGAGCUGGGCCAAGUAAUGCUCCCAACCCAUCAAGCAGCCACAGACCCUUCUUUUCACUUCAUCAUUGCUGGAGUGAUGGCCCAGCCAUGCCACCUGCAUGCAUACUUCAUGAGACUUUUCACACACAUAUGUAUAUGCAUAUAUAUAAUAUAUAUGUACAUACCUAUACAUAUAUACAUGAAAUUUUUUUA